UGGGUGAUAUAUGCAAGUUUACAAAUAACAUGACAUGACUAUUUGUUUUUAAUACCCUUAAAAAGAUAUAUAAAAAUGAAUUUUUCAGAAAGAAAUUAAAAAAAAAAAAUAAGAAAGAGAUGUGUUUAUUUUCAAAUCUAAGAAAUAGAAAACAUUUUAGCACAAAUACCACACCUCUGAUCUGUUGCUAGUACUACUACUAUUUGGUCUUCUUCUAAAGUCUCAACUUCCCUUUUUUAAUGCCUAGUCCAUUGCAUAUCAUUCAAAGAUUUGACACCUCUCUCUCCCUCUCUUUCUCAUCCUCUCUCUUUUCUGUUCUUUCUCUCUCUAUAAUUUUUCUUGAUUUAUGGCCAAAGGAAGUGGACUCCCCAUUGAUUCAGAUCCAAUUGGUUUCUUUAUCCAUAAACCUACAGUACUCAACUCCUUUGAAGAAGACUUCAACAACAACAACAAGAUCAGUAAUAAUUCUAUUAAUUCCAUGGAUGCAAGCAGUACCAUUCAUCAUCAUGAAAGGUCUCCUCCACAUCAUCACCACCAUCAUCAAACUCUUCAGUUCCCAGUCAACCUCAAUUACACCCACCACAAAGAUAACAAUUCUCCAGAGCCAUCCGAUGAGAAAAAUAACAAUAAUAAUCGGACGGUCAUUAUCAACGAGAUGGAUUUCUUUGCCGAGAACAGAAACCGGGAUAUCAAGCCUUCUCCCUCCUCCUAUCAUGAUAUGAUUGAUCAUCACAAAAGUUUUAAUGAACAAAUUGAUAUAGACAUGAAUGUAAACACUGGUUUGAAUCUUCUCACAACAAACACGAGUAGUGAACAAUCAAUGGUAGAUGAUGGUGUAUCAAACGACGCAGCUGCAGAGGACAAAAAGCCCACAACUGAGCUGGUGGUUCUUCAUACUGAGUUUCAACGAGUGAAAUCUGAGAACCAGCGAUUGAAAAUCGCGCUUGACCAAGUGACCAACAGCUACAACGCUCUACAGAUGCAGCUAUACAUAACGCAAACUGGAAAUAAGUCCGAUGAAAAAGUAUUAGAAGAUGGUAAUAAUAAUAAUAAUGAUCAUGAUGAUGAUCAAAAUAUUAAUCUUACAAACGGUACUAAUAUUAAUGAAGGAAAAGUACAGCCAGUGGUGCCGAGGCGAUUUAUGGAUCUUGGGCUUGCCAAUAAUGGAGAGGCAGACGAGACCUCACUGUCUUCAUCGGAAGAAAGAAGAUCGGAAUUGGUGAAAAAUGGACACGGCGGAGAUGAUCAGAUGGAAAAGAAGGAAGUCAACCGAGCAUUAAUUGGGAGAGAAGAUAGUGAUCCAGAUCAAUCGUCUCAAGCUGGUUGGGUUCCAAACAAGUUGCCCAGAACGACGUCGUCUGGCUCUGUCAAAGAUUCUGAUCAAACUGAAGCUACUAUGCGAAAGGCUCGAGUUUCAGUUCGAGCUCGAUCCGAGGCUCCAAUGAUUGCUGAUGGUUGUCAAUGGCGUAAAUACGGCCAAAAAAUGGCAAAGGGGAACCCAUGUCCUCGAGCUUAUUAUCGAUGCACCAUGGCUGCUGGCUGCCCAGUUCGAAAGCAAGUACAAAGAUGUGCAGAAGAUCGAACGAUCCUGGUGACAACAUACGAAGGCAAUCACAACCAUCCAUUGCCACCUCCAGCGAUGGCGAUGGCGUCGACAACAUCGUCGGCCGCAAGAAUGUUGUUAUCUGGCUCCAUGUCUAGCUCAGAUGGCAUAAUGAACUCAAACUUUCUAGCAAGGGCCAUGCUUCCUUGCUCCUCAAGCAUGGCCACUAUAUCAGCCUCAGCACCAUUUCCCACUGUUACAUUGGACCUCACUCAAUCCCCCAACCCAUUACACCUCCAAAAGCCACCUCAACCGCCGCAAUUCCACUUAGCUUUGCAGCAAAACGCAAGCUCGGCCACCACAGCUGCAGCCGCAGCAUUACUGCCUCAAAUCUUAGGAGGUCAGGCUAUUUACAACAACCAAUCCAAAUUCUCUGGCCUUCAAAUGUCCUCACUUGGACAAGAAAAUAGUUUGGCUCCAACAACGGUGGCAGCUCGUUUAUUAGGCCACCACUCCUUUUCCUCUUCUUCCCCGCCACAAAACUCUUUGAGUGAAAGUGUCAAUGCAGCCACCGCUGCCAUUGCCGCCGAUCCCAAUUUUACAGCUGCUUUAGCCGCCGCUAUCACCUCCAUCAUUAGUGGGACUCAUUCGAAUAACGUGAGUAACAACAAUAAUAACAAUACCAAUAAUAACGGAAAUAAUGUCAAUGUUACCAAUAGCAACAGCAGCUAGCUUGUUUGAGCUUAGCUAGUAUCUAUAGUAUUAUAUAUAUACCUUAACGGGAGCUUGCCGAUUUUUAUUUAUUUUUUCUUCUUUAUUUUGCUUCAUUAUUUUUUGAGAGAGAAUUUUUCUUUUCUUUUCUAUAAAGAACAACAAAAAAUAUGUGAAAAUAUAUAGUUUUUUUUUUCAGUUAUUUCUCCACAUUUGUGGCAGGACACAGUUGGAUUAAACACAACUGUUUUUUUUGUUUUCAUUCUUUCUUGAUAAUAAUGUAACCAAGUGUUGCAGAAGAAGAAAUAGGAAAAAAUGAAGAAAGGGAAGUUUAUUUAAUAUUUAUCUAGAUUAUUCAAUGUGUAUUAUUAAUGUUUAUCCUACGAGAAAAACGAAUAUAUUUAUUUA